UGAAUGGAUUACAAAAAUGAAAUUGUUAAUAAAAAAUGUCUCAAAAUUUAAAUAAACAGCUUUCAUUCAGGCCACGGAACAUCGAUCAUUUCAAGCCGAUGCAGGUCUUGAAAACUGAAGAUGUGCCCGAUUUGAAUAAUUUUGCCACAACCAUUAACCGUACGGUACCACAGAUGCCUACGGGUAUGGAAAAAGAAGAGGAAUGUGAACAUCAUCUGCAAAGGGCUAUUUCGGCACAACAAGCCUACGGAAGAGCAGUCGAUCAUGUGAUACCGACUCCAGAAGUUUUUCCAGUUAAUGAAAAAGCUUAUGACGAUUUAUAUCCUCCUACAUAUAAAAUACCUCGCCAAUUGAUCCAUGUUCAGUUGCCAUCUUUUGAACAGGAUUAUCCUGAUUAUGACCUCGAUUCUGAGGAUGAAACAUGGCUGUCAACGACAAAUUUAUGCGGCUUACCACAUACCAAAUUCGAAGAAAUGAUCGAUUGUUUAGAAAGAAAUUCCGGUGUUCAAAAAGUUAUCGAAUUAAAUGAAGCAAAAUCUUUGCUUAGAGAUGUUGAUGAAUCGUUACAGAUUGCCGUCUAUGAUUAUUGGUUGGCCAAAAAACUUAAAUUCGGAAAAUCAUUAAUACCAACGGUGAAAACUGAAAAACGAGAUGGUACAUCAGGCAAUAAUCCAUAUAUCGCUUUUAGGCGACGUACGGAAAAAAUGCAAACAAGAAAGAAUCGCAAGAAUGAUGAAUAUUCAUAUGAAAAAAUGUUGAAACUGAAGAAAGAUAUUUUCAGUGUUUGCAAUAUAAUGUCGAUGAUAAAAGAACGAGAAAAGAGGAAAUAUGAACUUGUAAAAAAUGAUUUCUUAAUUUUUGAAACGAGGUAUCAACACAAAGAUUUCAAUUCACAAAUCUACAAUGAAUUAAUGGCAUCUAGACUUACGAAAGAUGCUCUAAAUCGUACAUCUAAAUCAAAGGGAGAUGAACCGGUUGCUCGAAAGAAACGAACGAAAAGAUCAAAGAAUGAUGUUUUAUCUACCAGAAAUAUCAAUGAAAUGAUUCCGUCGGCAGCUGGUGGUGAAUACUAUACAUCUGAAGAUGAAAAUUCUAGUGAUUUAAUGUACCAAAGUAGUCAAGUGAAUAAUGAACCGGAUGAAGCUGAUAAUCCAGAUGGAAUGUUUUCUUUUAAACGGAAAAAAGGCUGUUACUACCAUGCACCGUUAGAUCACUAUUCUGGUUGGCCAUGGGAAUCUCUGGAAGAGGGUGGUACAGCAGAUAAACGAUUUCGUUUUAGUUAUACCUCAUUAUCAUGUCCAGCAUAUUCUGUCGGUCUGACAAGAAGGCGGAUCGGUCGGGGUGGAAGAAUUCAGUUCGAUAGAAUAAAAACACAUAUUGAUUUUAGUGAUGAUGAAGAAGAAAGGAUCCACUACAAACCUUUUUCUGGUGAAUCAGAUGUGGAACAAGAUGCUACAAUUGAAUUCAAUACGAGACAUUUUGAUGAAGAUUGUUCAAUGUUUAUAAAUAAUCAAUUAAAGCAUUAUAUUGAUGAUUCGUCAUUAGAGAGGCAAUUAUAUCAAUAUAAUGAACGUGAUUUAUCAAAUUUCAUCAAAGAAAAUCACCAUCAUUACAACAAUGACAGAUCAACACAAGCUCAAAAUUUUAUGACAAAUAGAAGAAUCAUCAACAAUCGACCGUGUUCAAAGUCAUCCAAUGGAAAAAUAAAACCAAUCGAACAUCAACAAAAUCAAUGCUCCUCAUCACCAUCAUUUGUGAAACCAUUAAAUGUUGAUCUAACUAAUUUAUUGUUAAACAAUACUGAUAACAACAAUAAAGAUGAUUCGACCAUUACAACAAUACUCUCAUCAUCAAUGGAUAAGCGACCACUUGACAUGAAUGAAUUGAAAGAUUCUUCCGGUAGAACUUCUAAUUCAGUGAUGAUGUCAUCAUUGUUGGAUGAUAAUAAUGAUGAUGUAGAUCUUGACGGUCUCGAAUGUAGCAAUGAAAUAAUGAUGAACACUGAUCAAUUUAAACAAAAUUCAAAUUCAUCAUCAUCAUUAUUAGUGACAGUGAAUGUUAAUAAUGGUCCAAAUCAUUCAAUGAAUGAUACAAAUAAUAAAAGUGAUAGAAACAUUCAUAGUAGUAAGCAAUUUUCGAAUGAGCCGUCCAGAACAGCAACAGUAAUGACCACCGUGACCGCUACCACCACAAAUAAUAAAAAAUUUGAAUGUCAAUCAUCACCAGAAUAUCAAAACGUUUCAUCAUCAUCGUCAUCAUCAUUACCAUUACCAUCAUGUAAAUUAAAAUUGGCAACAACAACAACCAACACCACCACCACAACAGCUACUUCGAACCAAAGUAGCUCAGCAACGAAUAAUCUUCAUCAUUCAACUGAUGUUACUUGAAAUGAAUAUAAUAUAAUAAUGGGGAAAAAAAAUGAUGACGAAUCGAGCGUUAUAGACAUUCCACAACGAAGUAAAAAAACCAAAGAAGGAAAUGUCUUUUAUUUAUUCAUAUGACAUGGAUCGCGUCAUUAUGGUAAUUUAAUAAUUUGUAUAUCGUUCUAUCAUUUAGAAGAUAUCAAUUUAUUUGUCCACUAAUUUUUUUUUCGAACGAAUUUAUUGAAGAUUGAUGUGUUUGAUUUGUUUUAUUUUAUCCAACCUUCUCUCAUUUACUACUUGUGAUAUUUAUCUACUUUGUAGCUACACUUCUCAAUCCCCUCGUCUAUUAUUUUUUUUUUCUCUCUCUCUCUCUCUCUCUCUCUCAUAUAUACAACCACAAUUACACGCCCCGAAA